AUGAAAGAUUUAGUGGCUUAUUUAUGGAAUCCACGUAAAGGGAAAGAAGGCAUUGGUUUAUCUUUAUGCGAAAAUGGCAGUGUUGUCCAAGUUGGAGAAUUGUUACCUUGCAAGAUUUGUGGAAGAACAUUCUUUCCAGUAGCAUUAAAAAAACAUGGACCUAUUUGCCAGAAAACUGCCACUAAAAAACGGAAGACUUUUGAUUCAAGCAGACAGAGAGCUGAAGGAACUGAUAUCCCAACAGUAAAACCUCUCAAGCCUAGGCCAGAACCACCAAAGAAACCUUCUAAUUGGAGAAGAAAACAUGAAGAAUUCAUUGCCACCAUAAGAGCAGCGAAAGGGCUGGAUCAGGCACUUAAAGAGGGAGGCAAACUUCCACCCCCGCCUCCACCUUCCUAUGAUCCUGAUUAUAUUCAGUGUCCAUAUUGCCAGAGGAGAUUCAAUGAAAAUGCAGCUGAUAGACAUAUUAACUUCUGUAAAGAACAAGCAGCACGUAUUAGUAAUAAAGGAAAAUUUUCUACUGAAACCAAAGGGAAACCAGCCUCUCGUGCACAGUAUAAGCCCCCUGCACUUAAAAAAUCAAACUCUCCUGGAACCACAUCUUCAGGAUCUUCACGACUACCACAGCCCAGUAGCAGUAACAAGUCUGGCAUAGGUAUGCCUUCAAGUAAAGUGUCUCCUGUUAGCAGCUCUGUGGGAAACAAACUUCAGACCUUAUCUCCAUCCCAUAAAGGAAUGUCAGCCCCUCCAGUAGGAACUAAUAUCAAAUCUCGAAAUUCUACACCACCUAGUUUGGCAAAAAAUCCUGCCUCAGGUGUGCCUACAAGCAAAAGAAAAACUUAUAAUGAGAGCUACAUAAACAGACCAGAUGGAGACUACUUGUCUUCAGUUAAUGGUGGAAACAUCAAAAGCAAUGAAGGAAAUUCAUCAGGACAUUUACCAAAAUUCUGCCAUGAGUGUGGGACCAAAUACCCUGUAGAAUGGGCAAAAUUCUGCUGUGAAUGUGGUGUGCGGAGAAUGGUCUUGUGA